AUGAAAGAGAAAAUAAUAGACACGGCGGUGGCCACAGCGCAGACCGGACGCAGCUCGCUCGCGCCUGGCUCCGCUUCUUCUGCAACCACGUCUGACAAACCGGACACGGCUGAGAUGGAGAAAUUCGAAAAGUUAAAACUGAAGAAGAUGCAAGAGAAAAAUCCACUGCGUUCCAAAGAAACGACUGAACAGGAGAAGCAAGCAGGCGAGUCGUAAUGAGG